AUGGGCAAUGACCGACGAGCUGAGCCAGUACCGUCCACCUCUCGCGGACUUGGAUCUGAACGAUCCCCUAGUCCAAGCUUUAUUGAUAACGACCUCCACGAAGGGCACCAGCUUUUCCCGUCUUCCCAAAGAUUGGGAAACGUGGUAGAGAGGGAGGAAGCUGAAGUAUCUUUUAGGAUGGCUCAGGAGAAUUCGGAGCCAAAUGAUGACGUUUCCGUGGAACGAGUUCCACAACUUGGUAUUAAAUACUAUCACACCAUAAUUUUGAAAAACUACGCGAAAGUACCAACAUCAAUUAGUUGUCUCUACGUAGAACUUGACAACCAUAUGCAUGUUCUGUUCCAAGCGAGGGACAAUGUCAAUAGGAAGAUAGACUGCUUCGAUAAUUUACUCAAUCGGACGGUCGCUCUUAUGGAAGAACCCCGUAUCACUAUGACUACUAAAAACGACUUUAAGAAUCUCCUAGGUGGAGAUGAAUUUGAAAUUGACGUAAAGUACGGUGCAAAGAGGGCGGCUCUCUAUUCACGGGUGAAAGAGUACAAUUUGAGAGAACAAAUUACAUCGGAAUUGAUCAAAGGUACAAUUCCUAAAGCGCCGGUAACAUUGUGUACCUGCCAUCUUCGCGAUUUGUUUAAACGAUAUGGCUUUUACGGCGACAAUGUUGUAGAAAUAGACAUUCCUGUAAAUGCUGAAAUCAUCUACCAAACACCAAAGAGGACGACAUCCGAUGAAUACGACAUUGAAGAGGAUGGAUUCCUUAUUCGGUUGCCCCCUAAAAUUUAA